AUGGCUACCACCCAGGACGGCCAGCAGAUCUCGCCAACCACCAACCUCACCAAUCCGCAGCUUCCUGCCGCUGGAACGGGAGUGUACAACCAUGCCGCUGAAGAAGAGGCGCACAAGCGCAACACCCAGGCACGUUCGUCCACCGCCACGGCUGUAGGCAACGGCACCUCGCACGAGACGCAGUCGGCAGACCACCAGCACGGCGGCCUUGCCACCGCCCCGACUGGCGCGCCCGUCACCACCGGCGACGGCAACCCUCGUCAGAUGGUUGCACAGCCGUCCAUCUUCUCGCUCGGCUCGGGCCCUGUUGACGGCCAGCCCAUCGAGCAGCCGACCUUGCUCGAGCGCCGCGAGAGCAUCGUCAUCGAGGAGCAGCUGCCAGACUUUAUGAAGGUCAACGAAAAGGAGCACAAGCAUCGCCACCACUACCGCGCCGCCCUGCGUCGUCGUCUCGAGAUCAAGAACAACAUCGUCGCGUUCGUGUCGGAGUUCGUCGGCACUGUGCUCUUCCUCUUCUUUGCCUUUGGUAUUGCCACCGAGGCCGCCAACGCACGUGCUUCGAGCCAGAACAACGGUGCGGUCACCUCGCUCUCGCAGAACGCACCUCCGGACACUUCGGCGCUGCUUUUCUCGUCGCUCGGUUUCGGUUUCUCCCUCGCGGUCAAUGCCUGGACCUUCUACCGUGUCUCGGGUGGUCUCUUCAACCCGGCCGUCACCCUGGCGCUUUUCCUGACCGGAACGCUCGGCUGGUUCCAGCUGAUCCACCUCACCAUCGCUCAGAUCGUCGGUGCUAUCGCCGCCUCUGCUCUCGUACAAGGCAUCCUUCCCGGCUCGCUCAACGCCAGGACCACGCUCGCUAACGGUACCACCAUCGCGCAGGGCUUCUGGCUCGAAUUCUUCCUCACCGCACAGCUCAUCCUCGUCAUCUUCCUGCUGGCUGCCGAGAAGCACCGCGGAACGUUCCUCGCACCCGUGGGUAUCGGUCUGGCGCUGUUCAUUGCCGAGCUUCUGGGCACCAACUACACGGGUGGCUCGCUCAACCCGGCGCGUACGUUUGGCCCCGAUGUGGUGCUGGGCACCUUCGAGGGCUACCACUGGAUCUACUGGAUCGCUCCCUACUCGGCCGCGAUUGUCACCGCCGGAUUCUACCAGCUGCUCAAGUACUUCCAGUACGAGUCGGCCAACAUUGGUCAGGAUGCCGACGAGAGCAAGCAGGUGUUCAAGGACGCCUACGGCAACGUGAUUGGUGUGCUCGAGACCAUGGCUGCCUCCGAGUUCCACUUCAUCAAGCAGGAGGCCCAGCCCGCUGAGAACGAGGGCACUGUCGUCUCCAACUCGUCCCACCAGGCCGGUCUGACCGCUGCGGGCAUGAUCAAGAAGUCGCGCGAGGAGCAGGAGAAGGCUGCAGCCAUCAACCUCGCCCCCUCCGAGGUGCACAACCAGGUCGCCUAA